AUGGCCCGAACAACCGCCCACAUCACCCUCCUCUCAGACCUCACCCCGCCGUCCCAGGAGCGCACCUGGCUGACGGCGCCGCACCCCACGCUCCCCAUCGUCGCGACCUGCAGCUCCGACAAGACGGUGCGCGUGUACUCGCUGAGCAACUUCCGGCUGCUCUCCACAAUCACCGGCGGGCACAAGCGCAGCGUGCGUACGUGCGCCUGGAAACCGCACGUGCAGGGCGAGAGCGUGCUCGCGACGGGCAGUUUCGACGCCACCGUGGGCAUCUGGCGGCGGUGGGACAGCUACGGGCUGCUAUCCUCUGAUCACACGACCGCCGCCGCCGCCAGCGAGGAUGCCGACUCGGACUCGGACGAGUGGCGGUUCGCGGUGCUGCUGGACGGACACGACAGCGAGGUGAAGAGCGUGUCGUGGUCUGCGUCUGGGAUGCUGCUGGCGACAUGUGCGCGCGACAAGUCGAUCUGGAUCUGGGAGGACCUCGACGACGGGGACAACAAUUUCGAGACGGUGGCGGUGAUGCAGGAGCACGAGGGCGAUGUCAAGUGCGUGGCGUGGCAUCCGGCCGAGGAGUGUCUGGCCAGCGGCAGCUACGACGAUACGAUCCGGCUGUGGCGCGAGGAUCUGGAUGACUGGGGGCAGGUGGCGUGUCUGAAGGGGCAUGGGGGGACGGUGUGGUUUGUGGAUUGGGAGGGGGUGGAGAAUGUGCCGGCAGGUCUGCAAGGCGAGGAAGGGAAGUGGAAGGAGAGUCGCGCGCUGUCUGGGCCGCGGCUGGCGUCGUGCUCGGACGACCGGACGGUGCGCAUCUGGCGACGCGUGCCGAAGGAGCAGCUCCAGCAGCAGCAGGCGGGGACGCCGUUCGGGGGCACCGGUAUCCCCAGCAUCAUCCGGCCGACGGGCACGGACGAGACCUGGGAGGAGGAGGCGGUGCUGCCGAAAAUGCAUGAGCUGCCGGUGUAUGCUGUGGCGUGGAGCAAGCGCACGGGUCUGUUGGCGUCGGUGGGAGCUGACGGACGGCUUGUGCUGUACGAGGAGCGGUUUGUGGAUGGGUCUGCGCAGGCCAUGGACACUGACGGUCCUGCGUCGGCGCCGCUGUCUACGGAGUGGGUGGCUGUUGGCGUCGUGGAGGGCGCGCAUGGCAUCUACGAGAUCAACCACGUUGCGUGGGCCAAGCGUGCGGAUCGAGGCCGCGAGGAGGGCAAGGAUGAAGAGGUGUUGAUUACCACGGCGGACGAUGGGAGUGUCAAGGUGUGGACUGUGAGGUGA